AUGGCUCCCUCGCGACUACUGACCCAAGCUCUGCUUACUACCAAGUCACAGACCUUUGCUCGCCGUGCAUAUACUUUGACACCAUUCCACCAGAAAUUCAGACCAGCUUCCACCAUGUCGCUCGCCACGCUUGAUACUUCGCAACACUCUAAGCUGCCCACGUCUUCCGUCACUCUCUUUGAGGCGAAGGCAAAGAAGCAGGUAUCUUUCGAAGCCAUUGCGAAAGAGCUGGGCCGGGAUGAAGUUGCCGUUGCGGCACUGUUCUACGGCCAGACAAAGGCAUCCGAGCAGGACAUCAAGAAGCUCUCCGAAUACUUUGGAAUCGACCAUGGCACGCUCUCAAGCCAGCUUUCGGGGUUUCCCGACCGAGGCAAGAGCAUUGAGAUGCCACCAAAGGAGCCACUGAUCUACCGGCUAUUUGAGGUUAUCCAGAACUACGGAUAUGCCUAUAAAGCAGUGAUGAACGAGAAGUUUGGCGAUGGCAUCAUGAGUGCGAUUGCUUUCUCAACACACGUGGAGAAGGAGGUCGACAAGGAUGGCGUGACGUGGGUCAACAUCAAGUUGCGCGGCAAAUGGCUUCCAUUCACGCCAUUCUAG